GCCCAAGGUUCGAACUUUAGUGCUCGAGUCUCACUACAACCACGCACGCACAGUUAACAGUUGUUGGACCGGCGACAAUGGCAGAAACAACGACAGACAGAACUCCCUCCGACCUCCUCGUAGAACAGCAGCGACCUCCGCCCAAAGCUCGGCCGAAGCGUUUCGUGAAGAACCAAAUACCGGACUCCAUCCUUAACGACGCUGCGCUGAACUCCGCCAUCUCCCUCCUCCCCGCUAACUACAACUUCGAGAUCCACAAGAUUAUAUGGCGGGCGCGCUCAACGAACGCAACGCGCGUCGCUCUCCAGUUCCCCGAAGGCCUUCUGAUGUACUCCCUUGUCAUCUCUGAUAUCCUCAAAACCUUCGCCGGCGUCACUCACUGCUUUAUCCUCGGCGAUGUCACCUACGGCGCUUGCUGCGUCGAUGACCUCUCGGCACGUGCGCUCGACGCCCACCUCCUCGUGCACUUCGGCCACAGCUGCCUUGUGCCAAUCGACUCCACAACUAUCCCCGUGCUCUACAUCUUCGUUGAAAUCGCCAUCAACACGCGGAAGCUUCUCGACGAGUUGAAUUACAAUUUUAGCCCUGAUAAAACCAAUAGUUUCAUCAUGGCUGGGACGAUCCAGUUUUCCAAUGCAAUCCGAGCGGUGAAGCCCGAGCUCGAGAAUUUGGGGUUUAGGGUUUUAAUUCCCCAAUCGAAGCCGUUGUCCGCAGGGGAAGUUCUGGGGUGCACUGCACCGAGUGUAAAAUUACAAGUUUGUGCUGGAAAGGAUGACGUGAUUAUAUUUGUGGCGGAUGGAAGAUUCCAUCUGGAGGCCUUUAUGAUAGCAAACCCUGAGAUUAGGGCGUUUAGAUAUGAUCCUUAUUUGGGGAAGUUGUUCUUGGAGGAGUAUGACCAUGAGGGGAUGAAAGGAGAUAGGAGAAGGGCUAUAGAGAGGGCGAUUGGGGCGAAGAGUUGGGGGAUUGUUCUAGGAACAUUAGGAAGACAAGGAAAUCCAAUGGUAUUGGAGAGACUGGAAGGGAAAAUGAGGGAUAGAGGAUUGGACUACAUGGUCGUUUUGAUAUCCGAAUUGUCACCUAAGAAGAUUGAGCUGUUUGGGGAUGCGGUGGAUGCUUGGGUUCAGAUUGCUUGUCCUAGGUUGUCGAUUGAUUGGGGGGAUGCGUUUAAGAAGCCAUUGCUAACCUCUUUCGAAGCGGAGAUUGCCCUUGGGGAUUUGGCUGGGUGGUGGGAGAGGAAGUUAAGGUCUAAUGGAAGUUCAGAGUGUACGAGGAGCGGAGACUGUUGUAGAAAUGAGAAUGUGCAAGAACGGGUGGAUUAUCCGAUGGAUUACUAUGCACAAGAUGGAGGGGAAUGGAACUCUUGUUACUUAAAGAAGUCAGCUCGUGUUCGUGGAAAAAACAAUCAGGUUUGCAGUAACAGUUCUGGAAAAACUUAAAAUGUCCAUAAGAGCUGUGGUUAGAUCACUGAUACAGCUAGAGCUGGAUGUAGUGAGAAUUACUCUCAAUUUUGAUUCUGGAACUGUAUGCUGAACAACACCAACAUCUUCUGAUCCGAGUUGUGGUCUGGAACGAGAGUAGACGAACAUGGUUCAUGAUGUAAUCAUAUUAUGUGCAUCUGGGAAAUGAAUGGAACCGCCUUGUCUUUUUCUCCUCGGACCACUGUUGUUGAAGACAAAAUGCACAUGUAUGAGGUUUGUGGGGGCUUUUAGUAUUGAGUGGGGAUUGUUGAAGGUUUGUCCAUCUCAUAUUUCAUUUGCGGAUGAUGAGAUACUGCUGCAAAUAUCUUGUGCAAGAUUACCAACCACCUUCCUAAUGUGUUGUGUGUUCUUUGCCUGUUAUACGGCUUCCAGCAGGAGUUGGUAAUAUUCUUCAAACAUUUGUACAAGUAAGCUUCUGACUCAAUCUUUAGAUUAGAGUUUGUACAUAACAUAGUUUAUUUGAAUUAA